GAAGCCCCAAAUAUUUUACACAACUUUUCUUAGUAAAAUUACGCCCUGUAUAUCGUAUAUAUCCCGUCAUGGCUUCUUCUGAUGUUGCGCGACAGGGGGACAAAAAUGCCCGGCCACUGUCUUUGUCUGGUCACGUUGGCUUUGACAGCUUACCAGAUCAGCUGGUCAACAAAUCCACAAAUCAGGGAUUCUGUUUCAACAUCCUGUGUAUAGGUGAAACGGGUAUAGGCAAGUCAACGCUGAUGGACACUCUGUUUAACACUAACUUUGAAAACUUUGAGUCUUCUCACUUUGAGCCCAAAGUUAAGCUGCGAGCACAGACCUAUGACUUACAGGAGAGCAACGUUCGUCUGAAGCUGACCAUUGUGAACACUGUGGGGUUUGGAGACCAGAUGAACAAGCAAGAAAGCUACCAGCAUGUGGUUGACUACAUUGACACCCAGUUUGAGUCUUAUCUUCAGGAAGAGCUGAAGAUCAAACGUUCGCUGCAUAACUAUCACGACUCACGCAUCCACGCCUGUCUGUACUUCAUCGCUCCCUCAGGGCAUUCGCUAAAAUCCCUCGAUCUGGUCACCAUGAAGAAACUGGACAGCAAGGUCAACAUCAUUCCUGUCAUUGCCAAAGCGGAUACCAUCUCUAAGAGCGAGCUGCACAAGUUCAAGAUAAAAAUCAUGAGUGAACUGGUCAGCAAUGGAGUCCAAAUCUACCAGUUCCCUACCGACGAUGAGACGGUUUCUAAGAUCAACACCGCCAUGAACGGACAUCUCCCGUUUGCUGUGGUAGGAAGCACAGAAGAAGUGAAGAUUGGUAAUAAAAUGGUGAAAGCCAGGCAGUACCCCUGGGGUGUAGUGCAAGUGGAGAAUGAGAGCCAUUGUGACUUUGUUAAGCUCAGAGAGAUGCUGAUCUGCGUGAACAUGGAGGAUCUGAGAGAGCAGACGCACACGCGUCACUAUGAGCUCUAUAGACGCUGCAAACUGGAGGAAAUGGGUUUCAAAGACACAGACCCUGAGAGCAAACCAGUCAGCCUGCAGCAGACGUAUGAGGCGAAGCGGCAGGAGUUUCUGGGAGAACUGCAGCGCCGAGAGGAGGAGAUGAGGCAAAUGUUUGUCCAGCGCGUGAAAGAGAAGGAGACCGAACUGAAGGAGGCCGAGAGAGAGCUGCAGAGCAAGUUCGAGCAGCUGAAAAGGCUCCACCAGGACGAGAAAAGUAAACUGGAUGAGAAGAGGAGGGCCUUGGAAGAUGAAAUCAACACUUUUAACAAGAAGAAAGCAGCGACGGAGCUACUGCAGGGACAGUCCUUCAACACCAACGCCAACCUUAAGAAAGACAAAGACCGCAAAAACUCUGGGUUCAUGUGAAGAUACAGCCAGUUGACAGACGGCACAAGUACUUGUUGAAAAUAGGCCAAUAAAUUCAGAACAGAAGUGCUUUUAAUGCUCUUGCAGUUAUUUACUGAUUUGUAAAUAUUAUAUCUUAGUAUCAGCAGGACUGUUUUUCCCUUCUAUAUGUAGUCUCUGUCAUCAGUGUUCAAUGGUUUAACCACUGCCACAAGAUGGCGCCAAUUUCCAGUACCUUUUUUGGGAUAAUGGAAGGAAUUCAAGAGUGACAAAAAUUGCUCUAGUGCCUCAUUUGACGGUUAAGAUUUGACGUAUUUGAAUUUCAUCAAACACUGGUUUUAUUUUUCUUAUACUUGGAGGUCCACUUUAAUUGCAUGAUCUAUUAUUUAGUUUUACAAGUUUAUAAUCAAGAGUUGCAUUUUAAUUUUUGGGUUUUACCGUAUACAAACAUUCAUUAUGUGGGUAAAACAGAAGGGAACCCCGGUCUAAUUGUACGUCUUUUUUUCUGUCACUUUUAUCACAUACAGCGUCUGUAAUCUGUGUGGAAUCUGCUUAUUAUGUUUUUUAAUCCUUCCAGUAUUUGCUUUGCAUGAUACAGUUUCACUUGAAAUUUGACGUUAAUUUAGAGUUCUGUUUCCAAACAUCUUGUAACCGUAUGGCUGACUGUGCCACAUGGCAUCCUGUGACAUUCAGACGUGUUCACAAGCUGCUGCAAUGAAAAGGGAGAUGUGCAAGACCUGGUUUCUUCUGGGAAAUGUGAACAGAACUGUCACAUUUAUACCUAUGUUUUAAGUUACCUCAGAAGAGCGCAAUGCCAUGAUCGUAUAUCACAGACACAUUUGCCUUUCUGAAGGAUUGCUUCGAUGAUUACUCCAACACGAAAAGCAUUUUUAUAUGAUGUAUCUUUUUCUACUUUUGGAUUUGAAGUUGUAUUUAUCUCACU